CACGGCUCGUUCAGCCACAUUCACCCGCCCCGACGCGCAUGCUCCCCUCCCUCAUCUUCCGAGACACGAAAACACCACACCCACCCAUGAAGCCGAAAAGGCUGGACCACCGUCGCAAUGCCCGUCACGGACGAGGACGCCGCCCUCCAGGCGAUAGCGACUCUCGAGCAUCUCUCCGUCGAGCAGACCGAAGCUCUCACCUCGAUCAACAAGAUACUCUGCAAUGACGAGCCGUUCGUCGACAUCCACGAGCUCUUCGGGCACUAUAAUGUCCUGUAUUUCCGGAACCUUCUAGCGCCACGAGUUGAAGUGUUGUGGUCGCCGCGGUUGACUUUGUGCGCCGGGAUCUGCGAGCUAUCCAAAGACCUAGCGACCGGGAAAUACACGCGCAUUCGGCUGAAGCUGAGCACGCCUUUGCUCCAAUAUCGCCCGCGCUCGGAUACCAUUAACACGCUGUUACACGAGGCCAUCCACGCUUACUUCUUCAUUACAACUUCAUGGCGGCACUCACGCGGCGACGACGGCACCGGCCACGGCGUGGGGUUCCAGUUGCUUGCUGACGCAAUCAACAACCAUGGCAGCUACGACAUUACCGUAUACCAUACAUUCCACGAUGAAGUGGACAGCUAUAGGACACACGUCUGGCAGUGCAACGGGCCAUGCAAGGAUCGACCUCCGUAUUUUGGGCUUGUAAAGCGGAGCAUGAACAGGGCUCCGGGGAAGAGCGACACUUGGUGGGCGAGGCAUGGAGCCGAGUGCGGGGGGACCUACACCAAGAUUCAAGAGCCGGCGCCUACGAAGAAGCAGAUCGAUGCCAUGAGCAAAAAGGAAAGAGCAGGAAUGCAGAAAAACAAGUUGGACAGCUGGGUCAAGACGGCAGCGCAGCAGGGUGCGCCUGCUGAGGAUAAGACCUCUGACACACCGAUUGAUCUUGAGGGAGAGGGUAAAACCUCUCCCAAGAAGCUGAAUUUCAAACGUAAGGCGGAAAUGAUUAUCAUCGACGACGUGGUGGAGACGGAUCCAUCUUCGUCGGGCUUGAAAGCUAGCCAGAAACGGCCGCGAACAGAUGCCGAGGAAGACGAUAGUGUUUUGGUCGUGGGAAAGAAAGUGUUGGUUGAGUGCCCGAUCUGUAGCCUACGGAUAGUGGAGUCAGAUAUCAACGAGCACCUUGACGUGGUGCAUCCACCAUAAUCCUUGUCAAUGGCUUGAUCCACUUGAUGUGAUGAAGGCACUUGGUUGAAGUGUCGUGGUCCAUAUU